AACAUUUGGACUCAAAAGUCAAAACCCCCACUCCGAGAGUGAAGAAACGGUAACUCUCUCCCUUCUCCCGUGCCGAUUAGCCAUGGCCGAUCCUUUAAAGAUCGACGGCUCCGACGAGGAUGCAAUUCUCUCUAGAUCAGAGUUGCUAAGCCGGGAAGAGGUGCUGCGGCGACGCUUGCGGCGGUUGAAACAGCUUGCGAAACUCUACAGAACGCAGUAUUGGGCGCUAAUGGAGGACCUCAAGAACAAGCAUAAAGAAUACUACUGGAAGUAUGGAAAGAGCCCAUUCAAGAAAGACGAGAUUAAGGAUACCGAUUCUGGUGCGAACCAGCAAACUGAUGAGGACGGCGGGAAGCUAGGGUCGUCGUCGGUGAAAGAAUGUGCUUCGGCGAAUUGUAAAAGGAAGGCGAUGGCGCUGACAAGGUUUUGUCAUUUACAUAUUUUGGCUGAUCCUAAGCAGGUCCUCUACAGGGGCUGUAAUUAUCCCGUCAAGAGUGGACAGAUAUGUGGGAUGCCAAUUUUAAGAUCCAGUAAUCCUCCACAGUGUCCCACCCAUUCUCAGCUGGCUGAACGAUAUCUUGUACGAGCCCUUAAAAGGGCAGGUCUUAAUGUCUCUUCAUCAAGUAGGCUUGCUCCCAAGUUACAUGUUGUUAUUGCUCAAUAUGUUCACCAAAUCCAAGCUAAAAGGAGAGCUGCACAAAGAGCAAAUGAAAUGAAAAUUGAGGUCAAAGAGCAAAAAACCAGUUAAAGCAAAAGAUUCUUCUACAGACACCCAUUUAGCCAAUAGAUUUUUUGAGUUCAAAGCUGUUGCCAGUUGGUGAACUUGACAAUUUUAAGUCUGGGGUGAUUAAGAUCACGUUGUGUGCCUUGGAGAUUGUUUGUGUAUAUGGAGGUAGCUUUCUCCUCUUUUCUCAUUUUUUAUUUUUUAUUCAAUCAAAGAUGAUAAAUUGAUUAAGGUUCCCUGCUUAUGAAAACAAAUGAGUGCAACUGUAGAACAUGGGAAGUAUAGGAAGAAAUUCUGACUAAUGUUGUAACUCUUGAUUCACAAAGAGUAAGAUGGAGAAAUUUAGAAAUUUUUUUAUUUAUUGACACCAAGAUGGCCUGCAUGUCAUGUCCUGUGUGCAAUGCAUUUCAUGUGGAGUUUGAAAAAAUAAUGAUUCUCUGUUUAAUUACCUAUUUGAAUUGAAGGGGACUAGUUACAACUAUAUGAGAUAAUUCAGUUGAAAGAUUGACUUGGCAGAAAAUAGGGACAUGUGGUGAGAUUUGGAAAGCACUCUAAUCCACUCCGUUGUUGAGGUAUCCAUCUUCCUUAGGAAAGCACCUAUAUUUUGCAGCCGCUAGGAAGUGGGGAGUUUCAGGCUUUGAGGGAACAAAGAAAAGUGAAUUAUUUUU